AUGGGUAAAGAAGCUGAUGAUGCUGAAGUUCUAUUCUCGGGUCAUGCUACUGGACCACCCUCUAAAAAUCACUGGAAGCCUGACUCAGCAGCAAUGAAAUGCUCGAUGGCAUGUUGUCCCCGAGAAUUCGGCUUGUUCGAACGAAGACAUCAUUGUCGCAGGUGUGGCGAUAUUUUCUGCGGCACACACUGUUCACAUUAUAUUCGCCUUGACCAAAAUUCAAAUUUCAACUUAGCCGGCUCUGCAUCAAGAGUUUGUGAUAGGUGCUACGAAGAAUACGUUCGACUAUUGAAUAAAUGUAAAAAAGCUGACCGAACUUUUGAAGAGCUCGAAAUUUAUGGUCACAGUUCACGUCGUGUAGAGAAAAGAGAUAGUGGAUAUUACACUUCGAGUGGUAGCGAGAGUGGUAGCUAUGAAAACACUAACCGAUAUCGAAAUGUUCGGAAAGUUGAAUCGGAAACAAAAGAAGGUAAUUGGCGACCUCGACGACCACUUGAUACUCAAUGCAAACAGCAGCAACACACAAUUCCCCCAGAUUGGGCAUGGUCAACCUUUUAA